UAGUUUCGACACUGUCAUCACUGGUUUCAGGCGGGCUUCAGAUGAGCAGGUGAAAAACGGAAAUCCGAAGUUUACGUUGACGAAUGAGGUCUUCAACACUGACGUGGUAUUGAAAACGCUGGAAUUGGCGGAUGCGAAGUCGCAUCAUCGCCGUCGGGAUUGCGGACGCGAAGCCAUUCCCGGAUGCGGAAGAGAAACAUGUGAAGAUUCAUAACGCGCGCAUGGCCGCCGCGCUCGGAAUGAAGAAAGCGAGGGCGCAGGGCGCAAAGAUCGUUGCGUUGGAGAACUCGCUGGGCUCGGCUCAGGCGAUAGUGGAGGGUGCAGAGUUGGGGCUGUACGAGUACACCACUACCAAAACAAAAUCCGCCGACUGGAAGGAGCCACCAAAAUAUGGAGUCUUCCCACCUACCGAGGACGGGUUGAAGUGCAUGAGGAACGGGAAGGUGCAAGCUACUGCGCAGAAUAUUGCACGGAGGCUGAUGGAGACGCCAGCGAAUAUGAUGACGCCCAAGAUGUUUGUCGAGGAGGCGCAGGCCCUUGUCGGGGAGAUGGGGAUGGUGACGUUGAAUGCGUAUGGGAGGGAUUGGCUGGCGAAGGAGAAUAUGGGGGCCGUUCUGGCUGUUGGGAGGGGAUCUGUGGAGGAGCCGCAGUUUCUGGUCGCGGAAUACCGGGGCCCGAAGAAGGUUGAGUCCACUAAACCGGACUUUGCAUUGGUCGGGAAGGGUGUCACAUUUGAUGCAGGAGGUAUCUCGAUCAAGCCGAGUGCUGGUAUGGCAAUGAUGAGGGGUGAUAUGGGCGGUGCCGCAGUAACGCUUGCGGCGUUCUAUGCUAUUGCUGCUUUGGAGUUGCCGCUGCAUGUGACGUUGACGAUCCCCUUAGUUGAGAAUUUGCCUUCUGGAAAUUCAGUUAAGCCGGGAGAUGUUGUGAGGACGAGGAGUGGAAUGACUGUCGAGGUCGAUAAUACGGAUGCGGAGGGGAGGUUGAUCUUGGCGGAUGCGAUCACGUAUACUUUGGAUACUUUUGCGCCGAAGAGAUUGGUGGAUGUGGCUACGUUGACUGGUGCGACUGUCGUCGCGUUGGGUGAUGUGUAUACCGCCAUGUACACCCCCUCAGAUAAAAUGGCCAACGGUCUUAGGGUUGCUGGCAUGGAAGCUACCGACCCGGUGUGGAGAAUGCCACUUCACGAUGCCUACUUGAAGGCCAUGAAGAAGUCUGCUACCGCGGAUCUCAUCAACGUCGGUUCGCGCGAGGGUGGAGCAAACAGUGCUGCGAUGUUCUUGUACGAGUUUGUGAGGAAGCAUGAGGUGAAGGAUGUUGAUUGGUGUCAUUUGGACAUUGCGGGUGUGAUGGAUAGUAAGGCGGCGGAGGGGUACAAUAACAAGGGUAUGACUGGAAGGCCAACGAGGAUGCUAAUUGCGUGGGCGAAUGGAUUGGCAAAUUAAGGCUGGGAAGGCACAAAAUGGAGCGGAUCGAGACGAGUAGGAUAUAAGGUCUUUC